UAGCUGAACUGCUGACUCUGAGGCCACUCAGUGCAGCUGUGUCAGUGCCACUGACAUUGUCAGACGCUGGUUCACCGCCUAUGCGACGGCAGAUGACGCUGACUCUGGUGCCUCACUCAGCUGAGUCAGCUCAUCGAGACGUCAGCCUCGUUAAGAUUGCCACCGUCGUGUCAGCUCACGCGGCCCCUCCAGCUCCCCUCGGGCGUCUCCCUCGCCUGCCCUUCCCUGGCGACGCAACGCAACGCCACGGAACCGACACUGAAACGGAUAAUGUAUCCUCACUAUUCAGGGAUAAAUUCAGGUUCAACUUUGAUGAACCUGACCCUGUUUAUGGGCAAUCCUUGGGUAAUUUUAGCCGUGGAUUAGGUCAAUUCAGCGCUCGAAUUACAUGGCAGGGAGCUAAUUCAGGAAUCCGCCUGGAUAGCGACUCAGGAUUGUUGCUGCUGGAUCCUGCAGCUGGGCUGGGACGGCAUGAAGCGAAGCUGCUUCUCUCGUCAGCGUCGGGCGAAGCGCACGAGCUGACUGUUUACGCUGACGUCAGCAGCGUCGGAGUUGCUGACACGCUGAAAUCUACACCAAUCGACCUUGCCAUCUUGCCUCACGACCUCCUCACGAAUGCUGACGCUGAGGAACCAAACUCUGAAUCUCCUCUUGACCGUCUCCUGAGGCUGCUGAAUCAGCAUCUUGCUGACUACUCAGAAUUAUCAAGUACACACUCCGCAAAGCCGUACGAUAUGUCAGCCAUUCAGCCACACGUCAUGGUUGUGGCUGUAGAAACCAUACGGCUCAACCAUGACAGCCACACCAGAGUGUGGCUCCUUCAACAGCCACCUGAAAGGCACCUCAGAUUUGCCCUGGAGCCUCUAAUAUUCCAGCAUCAGCAUGAGAUCGAGGCCGAAGUCGGUGCGGCUGUGUUGGGCGUGGGCGUUUCGGCGCUGGGCGACUGCGCGUCUCGACGAGUUGCGUGCCGCUGUUGCUGCCGCGACCGCCUGGCGCUGGACCAGCGCUGGCACCUCGCGGAUGCCGGCGCUCGCAGCCACGCCGGGCCUUCCCUGCGUAUAGAAUCUUCGUGCAGGUGUCCAGUGCAGGACGGCGCCGAAGAGGAGCGCGGGCAGCUGGCUAGCCUGACUUCGGCGCACGCGGUCACCGCCGGGCCACAGCCGGCAUGCAGCCGGGGCGCCUGCCGCAACGGCGGCAAGUGCCUGCCUCACGCCGCGUCUGGGCCCAGGUGCGCGUGUCCGGGCCACACAGUGGGCCCACACUGCAAACUUCUCACCCGACAUUUCAGGCCAUACAGUCCUGCUUCUGUAUCCGAAUAUUCGUCUGUACCCUCAUUCAUGGUGCUGCCUUCCCUCCCCACUUGUUCACAGCUGCACAUCACCAUCUUCGUGCUGACUCAGCACAAAACUGGCAACAUUCUCAGCUCCCAGUCACGAGUCGAUCAAAAUUCUCGAUACUUUCACUUUCUCCUCGAUGAUGGAAGACCCAAGCUCACCAUCAAAAGUAGCGGACCAAAACCUCCGAAAAGUUUGACUCUGCAGAAAAAUAUCGCUGAUAAUGUUUGGCAUCGACUCGACGUUUUUUGGAUUAAUGAGACGGUGACCGUGAUGCUGGAUCACUGCCUGGACACAGGUUCAGAUCCCUUCGCCUCGACCAGCCAAACAACAUCCAGCCUUCCUCUCGAGUCCACCCAAUGCCGGGGCUCUCUUCCCCUUACCUACAACGAAGGCCCUAUUGGUUGGGGAGCCCCUCUCCAGCUUGGGGGACGUUAUGAGGACCCCAAAUCUUCACACGAGAGAAAAUCUCUUAACUCUGAGAAUGAUUUUCACGGCUGCUUGUCGCACGUGCGCGUCAACAAAGAAUUCCAGGACCUCGGGUCGCCAGGCGCCAUGACCGCGAGCGUGGCUGGUUGUGGCGCCCUCUCCUGCUUCCGGCCCUCGAACGCGUGUCCUCGGCACGCUCGAUGCCAGGGGUCGCCGGGCAAGGAGCAGUGCGAGUGCGCCCCGGGGCGGGCGGGUGCCGGCUGUCUGGCCGAGUCUCCGGCGCUGUUCUUCCUCAGCAAAAGUCAUGUCAACGUUGCUCUCUCCUUCACUCCGCCCGAGUAUUGGGCGCAAAUUGAGCUUAGGUUCCGGGCGCGGACGAGCGACGGUACACUUGUGCUUCUGCGGUCACGUCACCGCACCGACUGGCUGAGUGUAGAGCUCCAGGCCGGCAGUGUUUGUCUUGUCGUUGGCUUGGACGGUCGCGUGUACACUUCGCUCUGCGUUGCUAAAAAAUUCGAUGACGGGGAAUGGCAUCACGCCAUCACACUCAGGCACGCAGAGUUGCUGGAGGUGGCCAUAGAUGAGGCGGAGCAAGACUCGUACGCCAGCGCUCUGCUGCCAGAGCUGCAGAGUUUACCUUUCAGCGUCAGCAGACACGACGGCGCGUGGCUGGGAGGUCUGACUGAGAGUGCGGGUGUGAGGCCAACAUCUGCGGAUAAAGCCUUCAGAUCUGUGGAUGUGGCCUUCAGAUCUGCGGAUGUGGCCCCGAGAUCUGUGGAUGUGGCCCCGAGAUCUGUGGAUGUGACCUUCAGAUCUGCGGAGGCUGCCUCAAGUUCUAAGGAAAUGGUUGAACUUACACAGAAUUCUCCAGAUGCGGCUAGAAAAUUACUCAUAUCUUCACCAAAUUUCGUUGAAAGCAAAACUGAAGCGUCUACUUACAAGCAACGCGAGUCUCUAUCACUAACCCAUCACUCCAACGUCCGGCCGCUUGUCUCUGGGAGAUCGGACGAUCCUCGGCUCCCUGGCUUCGAAUAUUUCAGAUUUUCCCGCAAGAAACGAUCUCGGUCUCACCGCAAGAGGAGGAAUAGAGUCGAGCUGGAUGGCGGCAGCUUGUGGAAGGAUUUUAAUAAUGGCUGUUUGUCUGCCGUUCGCGUCUUUGGACAUUUGCUGCCCUUGCCUGAAAUUGUCGAUAAUAACCACGGCAGCAACAACAAAAUCAAGAACACGAGUAAUUCAGCUGGUUCAGUAACGUCUUUUGCAAACGUCAUCUCGGGCUGUACGUCGCCGUCUGUGUGCACCAACACCAGCUGUCCUCCUCCUCUGACCUGCGGCCACAGCUGGGGCCUCAACACCUGCGGGUGCGCCGCUGGCGAGGAACUCUCGCGUGACGGCACCGCGUGUUUAGACGUCGACGAAUGCCGCUACGACCCUUGCCUCAAUCUGGGCGUGUGUGUAAACACUCAUCCUGGGUACCGCUGCGUCUGCGGACCGGCGCACCGCGGAGAGCACUGCGAGUGGGGCGCCGCCGGGGCGCUGGAGGCUCCGUACUCGCUUAGCAUUCUGGUGGCUUCAGCUGCUACCUCAGCAGCUGCACUGUUGCUCAUUAUCGUGAGCUGUCUCCUAUGCCUCGUUCUGAAGAAGAAACGGCGAAGGAAAUCUGCGCGUUGUUGCAGUGAGAGCGACGCGCGGGACCGACGAGCGAACGCCAACAAAAGACGCCCGUUGCCUGCUUCGACCAAAGACGGUCUGGCGCCUCUGUCCGAACUCGCGGAACUAUCGCCAGGGUCUUGUUCUUUGAUUCCUUCUAAUUCCUCGUGCCAUCUGGGAACCAAGGGGGAAUCGUGUUCUGUAGAGCAAACUGCACAAAAAGAGACCUCGGUAUCAGUCAUUGGGAGCUGCCCACCUCGCAUAUCCGUUGUUGGCAUGGACCUCGUUAAUCUACCUAUCCCAACUGGCGGAACCACUGACAUGGGAGACCCAGACAUACUUCUCCCUCCACCGCCCCUGCAGUUCAACCCCAGCAGCACAACCUUCGGGUUUGAUGGUGGAGGUCUGAACUCCAGAGCAGGUUCCAUUCAUUGAAGUGAGUGGAGAAGAAUGCUGAAAGUGUUCGCUCAACACGUA